GUCGCCGGUGAAAUGAACGCCACUAGCUAGCUUGAUCGUGGGACCGGAAUUCGAUCGCAGUUAGCUUUCUUGGCUUUGCCGGUGCUACAACGUACGUACUUAUAGGCUGAAUUCCACAUGUGUUUGGAGAAAUGUCACGCCGCCACAACGGUACGGAAUAAUGACCUGUUUGGAGAAAUGUCACGCCGCCUGACCUACCGCUAGACCUAGACUACUGAAGAGAGACCCAAGCCAAACUGCCCGCCGCUCUCCUCCACCUCCAGCGCUGCGUCGCAAGUCACCGUUGGGUCCUCCAACAUCCCGCCUCACCUCUUGAGCCCUAUCGGACACUCUUCCGACCAAUCGAGUCCAACGGCUAAGGUCCAACUGCCCUAGCCGCUCGCUCCUCCACCUCCAGCGCAGUGUCGCGUGUCACCACCAAGCCGAUCGAGCCCAACAGCUAAGGUGCCAAGUCGAGUGAGAAGUGAUGCCUCUCUGUCCCUCUCGUUCUUCAUCUGUUAGCAGGCAUAACGUAGCAGGAACAGUGUGCUGGAACCAUCUCUGAGCAAGAUUGGUAUAUUGAUAGUGGAUGCUCCAGGCAUAUGACAGGUGACAAGAGUUGCCUAACAGAGUUCCAGAGAUGCAAAGGGCCAAAAGUCACUUUUGGUGGCAAUGAUAAAGAAGGUCAAACAAAAGGAAGAGGCAAGCCGAUCAAGAACCAGAUAAUCAUUGAUGAUGUCUCAUAUGUUAAAGGCCUGAAAUUCAACUUGCUAAGUGCUAGCCAAUUCUGUGACAAAGGCUACGCAGUUGAGUUCUCCAAAGAAGGUUGUUCUAUCAAGCAUGAGACAACUAAGGAAGUGGUUCUAACAGCUACCGAAAAAAGAAACAUAUACGUUGUUGAUUGGUCUACUGCAAAAGGUGGAAUCUGCCUGAUAGCCAAAGGAUAUUCAAAACUCAGCUGGGAAUGGCACAAGAAGCUGAGUCACUUGAAUUUCAAAACAAUCAACAGGCUAGCAAGGGAUCACAUUGUUGAUGGACUGCCCAACAUUGUGUACAAGAAGGAGAAUUUGUGCAGUGCAUGCCAGAAAGGAAAACAAGUGAAGAACUCCUUCAAGCCCAUUGCUGGAGAUCUUUCAACAAGUCCUCUAAAUCUGAUCCACAUGGAUUUAUUUGGACCAGUAUAAACUCCAAGUGUUAGUGGCAAAAGAUACACUCUAGUCAUGGUGGAUGACUAUUCAAGAUACACUUGGACAAUCUUUCUAAAGAAAAAGAAUGAAACUCUACAUAAGCUACCAUCUCUGUUGAAACUUUUGCAGAAUGAAAAAAAUCAGAAAGUCAAAAAAAUCAGAUCAGAUAAAGGAACAGAGUUCGUUAACAAAGUUAUAAAGGACUUAUGUGACCAGAAUGGAACAAUGCAUCAACUCUCUGCAGCCAUAACUCCUCAACAGAAUGGAGUUGCAGAGAGAAGGAAUAGACCCUUGAAGGAAGCUGCAAGGACCAUGAUUGUUGAAUCUGGUCUACCUCGCAGAUAUUGGGCUGAAGCAAUCAACACUGCAUGUUAUACUUAGAAUCGGAGCAUGAUUCACGAAGCUCACCAGAAGACCCCCUAUGAACUUUGGAAAGGAAGAAAACCCAACAUCAGCUACUUUCAUGCAUUUGGAUGUAAAUGUUAUGUACUCAACAAUGGCAAGGAACAUCUCAAAGUGUUCCAAGAGAAAGCUGAUGAAGGAAUGUUCUUAGGCUACUCAAGCUAUAGAAUACUCAACAUAAGGACUCUACUUGUUGAAGAAUCUAUUCAUAUCAAGUUCGAUGAUCACAACUCUGUUAAAAAUCUAACAGAGAAACUGAGAGAAGUGAACCUUGAAGAAACACCAUAAGUGGUCACACCAGAAGUGGUAACACCAGAAGUGGUCAUACCAGAGUUGUUCAUCAACUCUGCUAUACCAACUCACAUUCAGAAUCCCAUCCUGCAAGACAAAAAUAGUGAUGAAAUCUCAGAAGACGAGCAAGAAAGACCUAGACAACCUUUAUCAGAACCUGAUUUAACUUGGUUAAGAGAUCAUUCCCCAAACCAAGUGAUCAAACAAAUCAGAAGUGGUGUACAAACCAGAUCUGCUACAACAGAAGAGAUGCAAUGUUUGCAUGCUACAUAUCUCAAAUGGAACCUAUGACUGUAGAAGAAUCUCUUGCAGACUCAGACUGGAUCAAUGCAAUGCAAGAAGAACUUACUCAAUUUGAAAGGAACAAAGUGUGGAAACUUGUUCCUAGACCAAAGCUGGAACCAAAUGGGUGUUCAAGAACAAAGCAGAUGAAGAUGGCAACAUUGUAAGGAAUAAAGCAAGGCCGGUAGCUAAGGGACACUGCCAAGAAGAAGGAAUUGAUUUUGAUGAGACUUUUGCACCAGUUGCCAGACUUGAAGCCAUCAGAAUAUUCCUAGCCUAUGCUGCUUACAACAACAUUAAGGUCUAUCAGAUGGAUGUCAAGAGUGCAUUCCUGAAUAGAGAUCUUGAGGAAGAAGUUUAUGUGAAACAAUCACCAGAUUUUGUCAUUCCUACUCAAUCUUCUUGUGUCUACAAGCUUAAAAAGGCCCUCUAUGGUCUUAAGCAAGCUCCCAGAGCGUGGUAUGACACUUUGUCCCUAUUCUUAGUGAACCAUGAGUUUACUUAGGGAAAGGUUGACAAAACUCUAUUUCAAAUCUCUGUUGCUGAUCAUAUUCUGUUAGUACAAAUAUAUGUUGAUGAUAUUAUAUUUGGGAGUACUAAUUCAAAAUUGUGCAAGAAAUUCUCUCAAGUUAUGCAGAGUCAAUUUGAAAUGAGUAUGAUGGGAGAACUGAGCUACUUCCAAGGACUGCAAGUGAAACAAGUUCCAGAAGGAAUCUUUAUCAACCAAGGGAAAUACACCAGAGACCUGAUCAAGAAGUUUGGAGUUGAAGGAAAAUCCUCAGUAAAGAUUCCCAUGAACACAUCUCAGGGAGUUGGACCAGAUGAUGAAGGAAAAGAUGUUGAUGCAACAACCUACAAAGGAAUCAUUGGGUCUCUUCUCUAUCUAACCGCAAGUAGACCAGACAUAUCCUUUUCUGUUGGAAUUUGUGCCAGAUACCAAUCAAAGCCCAAGGAGAGCCAUCUAAGUGCUGCAAAAAGAAUCAUCAGAUACAUCAAAGGAAAUCCAAAUGCAGGCCUAUGGUAUCCCAAGGGAGGUAACUUUGAAUUAAUUGGUUACUCUGACUCAGAUUUUAUAGGUUGCAGGUUAGACAGGAAGAGCACCUCUGAUCAUUGUCAAUUGCUAGGUGGGAGACUUGUCUCCUGGUUUAGCAAGAAGCAGAACUCUAUCUCAACAAGUACAGCAGAAGCUAAAUACAUUGCAGCUAGGAGUUGUUGUGCUCAACUUCUGUGGAUGAAGCAACAACUGAAAGACUAUGGAAUUCAAACAAAGGAGAUCAAGCUGCUGUGUGACAACACCAGUGCCAUUGCAAUCACUCAGAAUCCAGUGCUUCAUUCCAGGACAAAGCACAUUGAGAUCAGACAUCACUUCAUCAGAGAUCAUGUAGAGAAGAAGCAUAUCUGUAUGAAGCAUGUACCAACUAAAGAUCAGCUAGCAGACAUUCUAAUCAAGCCUUUACCUGAGUCAAGGUUUAACAAGUUAAGGGAAGAAUUGGGAAUGAUGGAUGAUCUUCCCAGAGAUGCUUGAAUCAGAGUUGCCCUGGACCAGAACUGCUAUCUCUGGACCAGAGAACCACCCAUCAGAGUACCUCGUUCUCUGAUACAGGAACUCUCUUCAGAAACCCAUCAGAGUGGUUGUGGACUUAGUCAUUUUUCGAGGUACGGGCAAGACCUAAUUACUUGAACAGGUCUUUUACUUCUUUACCCCUGAUUAUCACUCCUUUAACAGAAACGUUUUUCCGCCCGCAUUUUAUUAAAUGCAACCUCGAAACCGCCAAUAAUCUCAAACGUCCAUUAACCCAAAGCCUUUUAUACCCACCUUCUUCAACCUAAACCGUUACUGCAACUUUAUCUCUCUAAACUGCUUUUGCUCUCAAGCUUUCAAACCCUCCCAGAACUCUCAAUCUCCAGAAAUUCUCAAAACCUCUCACUAUCUGAAAAUGAACUUUCUCAACGUCAACGACUUCACUAAGGAGGAAGUGAAAGCCCUCGUCAACAACAUUGUUACAGGCAUGAAGGUUGACAUGUCUGCACUGCCUCUUUUAGCGGAAAACCAAAAGAGGAUGACGAAGAUCAUCCAGGGGAUGGCUGAUUCCCAACUGAGCAAGGUUGUUGCUCACCCCUAUGGAGGCUUCAGCACCAAGGAUGUGGCUGAAUUCUACCUCAACGCCACUAUCACCAAGAAUGUUGUUCACUCCCAAGUGCAGGGAAAAAGCAUCACAUUGAAUGCAACUGCUCUAAACGAAUUCUUCGGUGUCUAACUGGAUUCUCAAGACCCGGAAACACCUACUCUCAUAGGCCUGGAGUCUGUAAAUGUCUCUGUUGAAGGAUUCGUGAAAACCUAUUGUCGCCCUGAGGCCGCCGGUCUGGAGAAGCUGUACAUGAAGAAGUUUCUUCUGAAAAAGGACUACGAGAAACUGAUCAGUAUUCUGCACAGGUGCUUAUGGUGCAAAAUUGGCUCAACUGAUGAGAUGAAUAAAGCCAAUGUCAAAGCAAUCUUCUCAGUUCAUCAUGACAUGAACAUCAACUGGGGCGAGGUAAUUUUCGAUUCUUUAACUUAAUUCAUCAAAAAGAAGGACAAAGACAUUGGCCUAUUCUCAACCAAGAUGGGUCAUGGUCUCCUUAUCUCUGCAAUCUUCACUGCCCAAGGAGUUCAACUCAGGGACCCCUCCCCAGUUGACCACUCCAAAUCAAUAUUUCUCACUGCCUCUCCUAAGCUAAAUAUUGUUGUUGCUGUUGAGUUAAAAGAGAAGAAAGGCUUGAGAAAAAGAGAGAACAACAAGCUGCUAAGCCUAAACCUGUUCCCAAGAAGACCACCAAGAAGCCCAUUGAGACUUCUACUCAACCUGAGCAGACUAGAAUUGAAAGGGAAAACAGAAAGAAGAAGACAAACGAUAUGAAGGCUAUACCGGAGAAGGAUGCACAAGAGGAGGUUGCAUCAGAGUUGGUCUCUCCUAAGCCAACCAGGAAGUCUCCUAUCAAAAAGCAGAAGCUGAAGAGAAGAAGAAAGUUAGCCAAUCAGAGUGAGGACUCUGAUGGUUCUGGACCCCACCCAAUCAAGAAGAAGAAGAAGAAGAAAGCUCUUACUCCCUCUAAGAAAUCAGAGAUUCAGGGGGAACCUGAAUCAGAGGUACAACCAUCCUCUAUACCAAACUUAUCCAACAAUGUCUCUACACCAGAAUGCCAAGCUUCACCAGAGACGGAGAUCAUGACUGAUUACAACGUUGUCCUGGACAAACAGUUUGAAAGGGUACUCGCCUGGAGAGAGUGGAGAAUGGGUCCUCUCAUCAAGAUCAUUCAAUUCUUGGAUCAUUAUGAGGAAGAAGAAGCAGCCGUGCUUAACUGGGCAGGUACUGAUGAUGUGUCCCAGUGCUUUGAUUUCAACUUUCUGACAUCUGUCUUAGAGAGAAAGAAGGCAAACUUCAAAGGAAAGGCUAUUCGGGUAGUCUCUUCACCAGAAAAGCAUGUUAAAGCCUUGGAAGAACAUGAGAUGGCUGAGUUUGAUGCUUGGCUGAUAGAAGAGAAAAGGAAGGAAUCCUUGAUUAAAUUUUGUCCAAGCGCUCAUGGAGAAGGAGAACCAUCAACAGCUAAUGAUCUAUCAUUGGCCAUGAAGAAGCUGAUCAGAGAAUGGACAGACUCAUAGUUCGAGGAAACGGUCAUGGAGGUAAUCCCUAACUCCUCCUCUGUUCAUAACUCCACAGAACUCCCUCCUCCCUCUCCCAAAGUACCAUCAUCUACUCUACCACAUCACCAGAAAACCCCUUCUCCCAAACAGAGAUCCCCACCGGAACAGAAAACCCCUUCACCUGUUCAUACUCCACAAAAAUCAAAAUCCCCCUCUCCUUGCAAACAACACACUCCUUCCAGGAACCGCACACCUUCACCUCCUCCAUCUCCUCAACAUCAGAGCUCCCCUCCACAGAAACCCACUCACCAGAGCUCACCGCAUCAGAAAACCUCACAUCAGAAAACCAAAUCUGCCACUCCUCCUCAUAAGAAAACGAAGUCAAACUCCAGAGCUGCUACACCACAGAGGUCCUCUCAACACUCUGUGGCCUCUAAGCCAAAGAAGGGGAUUCCUAUCAGAAUUCUUUCUUCAGAUGCUGAUAAUGAUGGAUUUCUCCCAUCCUCACUUGUUGCUGAUCUUACAUCCAAGAGGAGAAGAACACCUCCAAGAGACCAAUCUCCUCAGCCCACCGGCAGAAACCCUCCACUACCUAAGGGUAAAGGGUUGGAGAUGCCAGGGUUUACACCAGCAGAGCCUCAGAUUACUUUCAACCAAUUUGUUGCAUCUGCAGAAGAGUUUGGUGGCCAGAUGCUUGAUAACGUGAAUAAACUCAUUAUAAUCAACGACAAGCAUUAUGAGCAUCUCACCCACACCAACAUUAAUCUUGAAUUUGGACUGCAACAGAUUUCAGAAAAGGUUGCAACUCUAACAGAGAAUCUGGUUACAUUCAUGGCUUCGUCAAAUGCCAAAGUUGAUGCAGUCUCUAGGGAAGUGGAUGGUGUCAAUGUUGUUCUUUUCUCCCACUCUCAGACUCUCAACAAACAGAAUGAGAAACUCAAGAAAAUUUCUGAAUCCAUUGAUACUCUGCAAUGGUAUGCUGAUCAGUCAUCAGAAAGAUUCAUGGAGAUACAAAGUCUCUGCAAUGAUCAUAAAGAGAAAGCCUCCCAUCUCCUCAAGAAUGACAAGGAGCGAUACCAGAAGCUGAUACUCAUUGAUACAAUGAUCAUAAAGGCAAACUACUCAAUCUUCUGUAGACAAGCAACAGAGUCUGAUUGAAGGACUGGCCUCUGUUACCCAAACUCUGCCUAAAGCUCUUGAAAAAAUCAGAGAUGCUCAGGCUUCAGAGUUUUCCAAACUAGAGCUCCUCUUUGGCGAUCUUGUUGAUGCCAAAAAGGGGGAAGAGACCAGAGAAGAAGACAUCAGAAAUGCAGAAGGUCCAAGUUCUUGAAUUCUGACUGUCAGAAACCCAACCUCUGUUGAUCAUGCUCCCUACUUUGCGGCUGCUAAGAAGAAGAAGCUUGCAGCUGGAACUCUCAGGCACCCACCUCCACCUCCCAAAGGCUCCAAGAAGAAAGCUUCCAACUUCUCAGUUUGAGCAGAUCAAUCAUGGUGGAUCCAUCCAAGAAGCUGAAGUCUGGUGGCAAAUGAAGGUCAUUCCGGGCAAAAAUAUUUCAGAAGUUGUAAGGGAUUACCUGGAUUGCAAACUUGAGCCCCACUGGUCAGAAUACCAGAGUCCGAGGAAUCUAGCCUCAAUCAGAGCCAAAAUCAACGCAGAACUCAAGAGAAUUGAUGAUGCAGGACCACAUGUAGAUGAAGAUGAAUCUUAAUUCUUCUAUAUCUUGUAUCUGUACUCUCUAAUAAUAAGAUAUCAUCUCUGUCUCUAAUCUGCAUGGCAACUUCAGAUUUCUGUUCUUUAUUGCUUUCUGCAUUUAUGUUUAAUUUGUGCUCUGAUACUUUAUUCUUUAUAUGCUAUCUUGAAUGUAUCUUACUCUUACUAUUUUCCUAUGCUAAGUUGCCCACCAAGAAUUUUAAUGAAAGUUUUUUUUUUGUUUAUGGUGAAAAGCACUUCUCUGGAAAUAGUUUAAGGGUUUUGGCGUCAUCAAAAAAGGGGAAAUUGUAAGGAAUAAAUGUAUUUAGAUUUUGAUGAUGCUUGGUUAAUUAGAAUUUUAAAGUACCCCAUUAGCAAUUUUGUAUUAGAAAUUUUCCUUUGUAAGUAUUAGCAUAGUCGACUGGCCAGAGAUCCUCUUUAUCUUUCUGAUCAGAGUUGCUCCCAGAAUUGCUCAUCAGAGAAGCUACCAAAUUUGGGUACCAGAUUUGGCAUCAGAGGCGGUCAUCAGAGUUUGAACCAGAGAGCCGCAUCAGACUUGCUCUUACUUAGCAGAAUUCGAAGGCACAUUCCAACGACCGUGAAACUAACGGGAAAUUCCCUAACAGCUAGGAGCCAUUCGACGGAACAUGGUACUGUACACGCAUUAAAUGCUCAAUUAAUGUUGUACGUACGAAGAAAUAUUUAAAGCUGAUGAUUGACCAUGCGGAUAUCCUUUCGCCCCCAAAAUAGCAAGUCGAAGAACCAACCGGUCAAAUCAACAGUACAAGCAUUUAAUGAAGUUGUCUUCUACACUCCAACGGGAAGACCGCUCCUAGUAUAUAAGAUACACUUCGAAGAACUACCAGGAUAACUUUUGCUACAAUCUUAAAACACACUUCAAGCUUUUCUGAGAUUACAACUUCAUCAUCUUCGACAAGGAAAGCCUACUAUAGGAAAGAUAUCAACUUCAUAAACAUCUUCCUACAAUAGCAAAGUUCCUCCAGUUCUUUAACGCUUCAAAAGCCUCAUUUACACAUCCUUUGUGAAGAAGCCAAGUUGGAGAAAACUGAUAUUGAAUGAAACACUUCUUGAAAAAGAAGGGACGUCUCAAACUAACUGGAGUAAGUGAAGUGGGGAUACUUCCAAGAGACUCAGUGAAACAAGACCAGCCAUCAUGAAGCAGGACUGCAUCCCGGGUGGCAACUAGGCUUGAAGAAGACGAGGAGUGCUUCUUAAGCUCUAGGGACUAAGGCGUUGUAAAUUGUUGUUUUUGCAAGCUUAGUGGAACAGUGAACUAGAGGAACUCGUUGUUCCUUGAACCAAUAUAAAAAACCCGGUGUCAUUUACUUUACGCAUUUACUUCUGCACUUAAGACUUUAACUGUAUAUCUCCCAAGAACAUGGACUCUGUGUUCAGCAGAUCUUCUUCUAAGAGUUAUCAGAAAGGCAUUUGCCUUAGUGUUUUCCUGAGGCUACCCGGACAGAACUUUAUCCGCUGCCAGGUCUGGUUCUGCCAUCAGAACUUGACCUUCUCUGUCACUAGAAUCAGACCAUCUCUGAUAAGUCAGUGUUGACUCAGAGAAAAGUUUGAAAAAUCCGGAACAGUCUAUUCACCCCCCCUCUAGACUGUUCCCAUUAUAAACGGGACCAACAAAGUAUAUCUGCCAAGGCUCCUUAGGGAGUAACCUUUUCCAUUAUUCUCACAUGGUAUCCAGAGCACAUUAAUUUUUUUCCGAUCCUCUCUCUACACACGGCGUCGUGAGCAAACCCUACAACCGCCGCCUAUUGCUCUUCGACCGCAGCCUGCUUCCGCUCGACGCCGCCAGCUUCUGCCCGAUGUCGACGACAACUUCCGCACCGAUCAGCAUGAUGGCAACCGUCUCGGUCCAGCCCAUCUCCACAGCAGCAGUCGCAACCGUCAUCACCACCGGCACUCCUUCCUCUUUUGGAUCGCUGCUGGCACCAACGUCAAUCUCGUCUAGUGUGACGUUCUCCUCCAACUUUGCUUCACCAAGUCGGGUCUCUAUGCCAUACUCUCUCUCUUUUAGAAUGCUCCACCAGUGUUCCCGUGAUCGGCUCCCAUCCCUGUGCAGCCGGUCCCUCUAGAGCCGCCCCCCUUCUCAGCCGGCCCUACCUUUGUGGGCCCCGCGUUCGUUGGCUCACCUGGUGUCUCCACAGUCAUGGUCCCAUCUCGCACACCACCAGCCAGCCCGGCCGGGACUCUACUCAUGGAACUUGCCCAAACCAUCUCUCAUGUGGCAACUAAUGUCACAAAUAUUGUGACUACCAAACUGUUAGCGGUGGAAGGCUACACUACCUGGCAGACACAGUUCGAAUCGUUUCUGGUUUCCCAAGCUCUUCUUGGCAUGGUUGAUGGCUCAAUUCAGGUACCACCUACUUAUUCCAUAGAUGCUCUUAACCGUCAAACUCCCAAUCCGGAAUUUUCUACUUGGUUGCGAAUUG